AUGUUUGAGACCGUAGGCAUCGGACUUCUCUUGCUGGUUACGUGUGGCUCAUGUGAGGAUACGGCAGCUGAUGACAUAGGAGUGCACAUGAUGGGCCGCAUAUCUGAGCUGCUUUCCCCGGAGGAAUGUCACGAGUUCUACACUCAGAUCACCGGCCCUGAGGAGAACAUGGAGAAGGAGCUGGAGCGACUCUCCGAGGCGAAGAACCCAAUCCGCUCCCGCUACCGGCGAGACAUCGUCAGCACAGAACAGUGCAAAGACGUCCUGACCCAGUGGCUCGAGGCGGAAGGAGAUGCAGUGUACUGGGACCGUCUCUCCCGAGCUCUCCGCCAGAUUGGGCGCCCUGACAUCUCCCAGGAGCUGGGCAAGAACUUGAACCAGGACAAGAACCUCGAGCUGAAGAGGAACGUGGAAGAAUAUCACAAGGGGGUGGAACAUCUGACCUCCUCGCUCCUGCUGGAGGAGGAUGAGAAAUAUGGCGAGACAAACCAGCACAUCAGAGCUGGGCGAGCAGGUGGGAAAUCCCGCAGGGCGAGCGGAUCGAUGCAGGAAGGCUGGGGUGACAUCGACCUCAUCAUCGAAAGGAAACCACUCCCUCCGUACAACAGGAGCCUCUUUGAAUGGCUCAAUCCGGUGGCUUCUGGCUUCAUCGGAGGGUUUUUAACCUCUUGCGUCCUCAUGGCGCUUGCUAUUUACUCCUUCCUCUGGACCCUGAACCGAGAAUCCCUGGAGACUUCCCAUCAUAACCCAGGGCCCCGGCCUGAGCGUGCGGCUCACAACCCCUUGUUCGAGGACGACGUCAACUAUGCCUUAAUUUUAGAUGAAGACUUAGGGGACAGUUUGGAUGGGGAUGCUUCCGAUGACACCAGCUUUGAAGGGGAGCCGUAA